CCUGGAUCUCGGCCUCACCCACGUAACGUCAUCGAUCGUUCAGGUUGCUUCUAGAUUCCCUCCGAUACCAUUUCUCCUGCACCUCCCCAUUAUAUGUCUCCUUGCUGUCUCCCAACAUUCUAGAGAUACAAUUAGGUUUAGAAGCCUAUCCUUGAGGCUGUAUCCUCUCGGUCUUCAGUUUCUCAUCAAUUGAUCGCGAUCGACACUCGAUCUAUGACUUCACACUAGCGUUGUUUCAACUAUUAGCUGCAACGGCGAAGCAAACCCCGAUCGGAGAUAAAUGCGACAACAUGGCCAGUCACGAGCAUCUACGCGGCUCCUGUCAAUGCGGGAGGAAUCAAUACCAAAUUCGACUGUCCGACAAUAUAACUGACUACGCCCACGUCUACUUCGACACUAGCCGAGACAAUCGAAGAUUCCACGCAGCUCCACUGACAGCCUGGCUUCGUGUCCCCUUAACCUGGUACCAAUCUCACACCCAAUCCUAUUUUCCCGAUGAAACACACAGCACCAUCCGCCGCAUCUUCUCCCCGCGUCAUGCGCCACAUACUCAGCGGGUCUUUUGCGGCUACUGCGGAACGCCACUCACAUACUGGAGCGAGGACCCGCGCGAGGAAGCGGAGUAUAUGUCAGUGUCGAUAGGAAGUUUGUUUGGUGAUGACCAGCGCAUGUUGGAAGACUUGGAACUGUUGCCUCCGGAAUCGCCACCCCACUCUUCUGAUGAGGAGAGGGAAGCAGACGAGGAACAAGAGCAGCCUGCGAAGCGGAAAGAGAAGGUAGUCGUUAGUCCGGCUACAGCUCAACAAAGCGCCCAUCCAUCAGAUGUGGUCAUCCCGUCUAGGUCGGCGGUCUCACGGAGCUACAGGCAUGGCACACUGGGCGGGAUCCCGUGGUUCGAAGAGAUGGUGGAGGGAAGUCGGCUGGGAAGGAUGAUGAAGACUAGGCGCGGCGUUGGGGUUAGUGAUGACCAGUCUACCAGUUUCGAGUGGGAGAUUAGCGAGUGGACGAGCGAUAAUACGCAGGCGGCGGGUAAACGAAAGCGUGGACAUCAUACUAAUGUGGAGGAUACUGAAUCUACUUAGACAGUGGGUGGUCAAUGUCUGAUCUGGAGUCAGGAGGCCACUCAUUGUGUACUUAGGUGUUGAAGACCCUUCCAGAAAAGAUCAUAUCAUAAGUUCAAUGUAAAGAGUAGAGAAGAGAAAAUCAUCUUGAAUUUCACGAGUUCACGAAGCAUCACACUAG